UACCAUUUCUCCCCCCUCCUUGGCUGCCACACCACUGUGCAAAAGGCUUCACAUAUUGAUCGAAAAAAAAUCGAUCGGUGUGGAGCUGCUACAAGAUUGAAAUCGAUCACUCACUGAUGACAAGCUGCUUGUCGAUCGAUCUCGGUGGUGUGUGACGACGAGCUGAUUUUUCGACGAUCGAUCCGGGAGAAGAGCCUAGCAAUUGAACAUCUUGGCCGGUGUGGUGGUGUUGGAUCGAGUAGGGUUCUUGGAGAUUUAGUUUGAGGAAGACGAAGGAAGAUGGUGCUGGCGAGCACGCCCAAGGUGGUGCUGGGAUGCGUGGCGUUCACCAUCUUCUGGGUGCUGGCCGUGUUCCCGUCGGUGCCGUUCAUGCCGGUGGGGAGGACGGCGGGGUCGCUGCUGGGCGCCAUGCUGAUGGUGCUGUUCCGCGUGAUGACGCCGGAGGAGGCCUACGCCGCCAUCGACCUCCCUAUCCUCGGCCUCCUGUUCGGCACCAUGGUGGUGAGCAUCUUCCUCGAGCGCGCCGACAUGUUCAAGUACCUCGGCAACAUGCUGUCGUGGAAGAGCCGCGGCAGCAAGGACCUCCUCUUCCGCGUCUGCCUCGUCUCCGCCGUCGCCAGCGCGCUCUUCACCAACGACACCACCUGCGUCGUCCUCACCGAGUUCAUCCUCAAGAUGGCGCGCCAGAACAACCUGCCGCCGCAGCCGUUCCUCCUCGCGCUCGCCUCCAGCUCCAACAUCGGCUCCGCCGCCACGCCCAUCGGGAACCCGCAGAACCUCGUCAUCGCCGUCGAGAGCGGCAUCACCUUCGGCCAGUUCCUCGUCGGCGUCUUCCCGGCGAUGAUCGUCGGCAUCUUCGCCAACACCUGCAUCCUCCUCUGCUACUUCUGGAGGUACCUCUCCGUCGAGAGGGACCGGGACCACGAGGGCGGCGCCGGCCACGGCCCCGAGGUCGUCGCCGACGAGGAGGUCACCUCCCACCGCUUCACCCCGGCGAGGAUGUCCCACGCCUCCUCCGUCAACGACAGCGACUGCAUCAGCGAGCCCAUCCGCCGGAGCGAGAGCAUGAACCGCGCCGACGCCCUCCGCAGCCGGAGCUACAACUCCGAGGGCGACAUUCAGGUCGCCAUCCGCUCCCUCCGCGCGUCCAGCCUCUCGCGGGAGCUGGUGGAGGUCUCCACCAUCUGCGACCGCCGCGACGACGGCGGCCCGCGCAAGAUCACCCGGUCGGCGAGCCACCAGCGCAGCGUCAUCAUCGAGGACGCGCCCGACCAGCCAGGCUUCAACGACGGCGAGAAGGACAAGGACGACGAGGUCCUCAGCAAGCAGAGGCGCUGGAAGGUGCUCGUCUGGAAGUACGCCGUCUACCUCACCACCCUCGGCAUGCUCGCCGCCCUCCUCCUCGGCCUCAACAUGUCCUGGACCGCCAUCACCGCCGCUCUCAUCCUCCUUGCGCUCGACUUCACUGACGCGCAGGCCUGCCUGGAGAAGGUGUCAUACUCAUUGCUGAUCUUCUUCUGCGGGAUGUUCAUCACGGUGGAUGGAUUCAACAGGACUGGCAUACCAAACACCCUCUGGGAGCUGGUUGAGCCAUAUGCGAGAAUCGACAGCCCGAAAGGCGUCGUGCUUCUCGCGGUUGUGAUCCUUGUUCUAUCGAAUGUGGCGUCAAAUGUUCCAACCGUUCUACUGCUGGGCACAAGAGUGGCGGCAUCAGCGGCGGCGAUCUCCCCGGCGUCGGAGAAGAAAGCCUGGCUGAUCCUGGCCUGGGUGAGCACGGUGGCCGGCAACCUGACGCUCCUGGGCUCCGCCGCGAACCUGAUCGUCUGCGAGCAGGCGAGGCGCGCGCAGUUCUUCGGCUACAACCUCACCUUCUGGAGCCACCUCCGCUUCGGCGUGCCGUCGACGAUCAUCGUCACCGCCGUCGGCCUGCUCAUCGUCGUCAGCUACUGAACAAACCUGAAAACUUCAGGGGAAGUGUGAGUAGCAGCAAGCAAGACUGUAGCAGCAGCAGCAGCACAAGAAAUUAAGAAGCUUUUACUAUUAUAUUUUAGCUGGUUACUUCCACAAGGUAAAUGAAAUGGAAGGAAGCAGCUGUGGAUGAAUGCAGAUGGGUUACUGAACUUGAAGAACUAAGUUCAGCUGAGGGAGAAAACAAUUGUGAUACCUGCAAUGUAAUGUGUUUUCUUUGUUGUAGCCGGUGUUUUUUGUGUUUAGUGUACUGUAAUCUCUUUUUCAUGCAUGCGCGGAGCAAGUUAAGCGCGAGGUGUGCCGCUGAUUAAUCUGCUAAAAAGGCAAAAAUAAGGGGCAAUUUGUUUGUAGAUGAUGACCCGGUCGAUGGAAGUUAGUCGGCUUAUUAUACCCUGUUUGUAAGGUGAUGCAAGUCUUUGAUAAUUAAGUUGGAUGGCUGGGGAAAUGUUAUGACCUAUAUUGUAUGGUGACGUUAGUGUUGCUUCUGUGUUGCCUUUUGUAG